ACUGAUUGAGCAUGGUUGAUGUGGGUGAAUAUUGAGCUGCACUAUCGAGGCUAGUGCAGUGCAGACGUUCGGCUUUGGACGUCUUCUGCACUGGCCGCCAGGAGAAGAUUUUUGUUUUUCUACCUGCUGUUCGUUGCAGUAGCCCUUGCUCGGUUCUGAGUGGCGAGGGAAGGCCAGGACCAGGCAUUAACUUGCCUCGGCACAUCUGCAACACGUGGACGGCUUCAACAUGUCGUUGACCGUCAAUGUGAAGGCGGCAAGCGACUUGCCAAACCUGGAAAGGUUUGGCAAGAGCGACCCGAUGUGCAGUAUUCAAUUCCAAGGCAAGAAAGAGAAGACAGAGGCGGUAAAAGGUGAUCUCAACCCACAGUGGAAUCAGUCAUUUUCCUUCACACUUGGAAAUCCACUGCGCAAUGAUGACCGACUUACAGUACAAGUAUUUGACUGGGAGCGUACUGGAAGCAACAAGUUGAUGGGACAAUGUGAUGUAAAUCUGCGAGAAUGCAUCGGGUCUGGCGGUAUGGAGGUUGACUCUCAGCUGCAAAAUGGGCAAGGAGAAAAGAUCAAUGCCAAAGUCCAGCUGUCGAUCAGCUAUCAAGCACCAGCGUCACAGGAUUCUGGUGGAGGCGAUGGUGGUGGAGGCGAUGCUGAUGGUGGAGACGCUGCCGAUGGAGGAGGCGGUGGUGGUGGUGGUGGAUUUGACGAUGGAGGUGGUGAUGAUGAUGAUGACGGAGAUGUGGCACCAACUGCUGAUGAGGCAGCAGGUGGAGCUGCCGGUGGUGCGCCAGGUGUUGUUAUGGGUAGCUCUGGGAAGGAAGGAAAGGCUCAACGAAGAGCCAUGCUUCGUCGGCGAAAGGCUAACCGUGCCCAGCUGCCAAAGAAGCCAUGUGACUUUCAAGUCCGAGUUCAUGUCAUUGAAGCCCGUAAACUCGUCGGCCAGAACAUCAACCCAGUGGUCAAUGUACGUGUCUGGGAUCAAGUCCAACCGACAGCAGUCAAGAAGGCCACCAACAGACCACUCUUUGACCAGACCUUCUACUUCUCUUUCCACAUGGCUCCUCGUGAAUUCUUGGACAAAGUGGUGACAUUUGAAGUGAUGAACUCAAGGACACUACGGUCGGAUUCAAUGAUUGGCACCUUCCAGUUUGACACUGGUCUUUGCUACGACUUUGAAAAUCAUUCCAUCAUUCAGAAGUGGCUACUGCUGACGAAUCCAGUCGAUCCUAAUGGAGGUCCAAAGGGCUAUCUGAAAAUCAGCUGUUCUGUCGUGGGCCCAAAUGAUGAAGUCAAGCCACACCCCAAAGCCGUGCUGGAUGAUAACUGUGACAUUGAAUCUAACUUGCUGAGGCCAUCAGGUGUACAGCUUGCUCCAGCCACGUUUACUGUGCGCAUCUAUCGAGCUGAAGAUGUUCCUCAGAUGGACACGGCACUAUUUGAAGGCGUGAAAAAGGUUCUCGGCGUUGGAUCUAAGAAACCGAAGGAGCUUGUGGAUCCGUAUGUUCAGAUGAACUUUGCUGGCAACAAGAGUUCAACAUCCACGCUGUACAACAAUGCUAACCCAGAGUUCAGAGAGGAACUCAAGAUUGGUUGCAAGUUCCCAUCCAUGUGUGAUCGUAUUCGACUGAGAAUCAUGGACAAAGAUAACUUCAACCGUGAUGACACUGUGGGUACAGCGUAUUUGAACUUGUCAGAGAUCUCUGCGCCUGGUGAAACUGGCUUCCUUCCCACAUUUGGUCCAUGCUGGAUUAACGUUUAUGGGUCGCCCAGAGAAUAUUCUGACAUGAUGGACGAGUAUGACUACUUGAAUCAAGGCAUUCUGGAAGGUGUUGCUUACCGCGCUAGGAUGCUUGUGGAGGUCACCUCUGAGAUUGGUGUGCUGCCAGAGACCACACGUCCACUUCCUAUUGAGGAUGCAGAUAGUGCCCGUGUUGAGCAAUAUUUCCUGCGCCGUCGCAAGUUCCAGCUCCGUGCUGCAUUCAUGUCCGGCACUAUGGUACCAGAGUCCAUUGCGGAUUCACCGCUCUCAUUUGAGCUGAGCAUUGGCAACUAUGGUAACGAAUUGGACAAGAAUGUCCCACCAGCAUCAUCAACCACCCAGCCAACAAACCCUGUCUCCGAUGGUGAAUACUACUAUUAUUUGCCGUGGACGCAAUCCAAACCAUGUGCAAGUGUUACCUGCCACUGGGAAGAUGUGUCGGACCGCAUUGAUAGUUUGAACGUGCUGAUCAAUAUCUGUGAUCGCCUGGAACGCAAUGUGCAGCGUGUUCAUCUGCUGCAGCAGGCUUCGGCCCUACCUGCAGAAACUGCUCGUGCUUUCAUUGACCUAAUUGACUGCUUGAGGAAGGAUCUUGAAGACCCACGUCGCAAGCUGCCAGAACCGUCUCGAAAGAACCCCAUUGUGACGAAGCUGGAUUUCCAGAUCCAUGCUAUCCGUGAGCAAGAGCUGAAAAACAUCCUGGAAAGUGCGGAGCAGCUGAGGAUGUCGGCAACUGAUCUAGUGGAAGCGAUGAACGAGGUGGACACAUACCUGAGUCGUCUUCGAAACUUGGCGUUUGAGGGCCAAAACUCUGUUCCAGAUGUUAUCAUUUGGAUGCUGUCCAACAAGAAGAGGCUGGCAUUUGCGCGUAUUCCAGCGAAUGAGGUCAUGUAUGCACAUCACGCGGACAAGACGAAAUGGAACGAAGCGUGCGGCAAGAACUGUGGCAAGCCUCAGACCGUCUAUUUGAAGUGGCCACCAAAGAAGGACAACACAUCACCAAAGUUCAUGGUUGCUGCUCAGCUGCGCCUGGUCAUUUGGCUCGGACAAGAUCAGUAUGCCAGUGAUUGGAUUCGGUGUGCUGACGAAGGUGAAAUUUCAGUGUUUGCUGAAACGUAUGAGAACCAGGCCAACUUGUUUGGCUGGGGCAAGAAGGGCGUGACUCGUCCGAACUGGUCUGACGUCAAUGGAAAGAUGGCCCUGGAGCAAGAUAAGUUUGUGGAGCCAGAAGGUUGGAAGUGGAAUAGUGAUUGGUUCAUCAACCCUGAGCUCAGUCUGAACUUCAGCCAGGAUUCUGGGAAGUCGGAAUUUUUGGAGGACAUCUUCGAGUAUCAGCAGCGCAUUCCCGGCACAAGCUGGACCCACUCCAAGACAUCUUGGGGCAAUGUCAGAGGAGACGAGGUUGAAGGAGGACGCGAUGAAGUUGAAUUGGAUGACGCCUGGGUGUGGAAAGAUCCAGAAUGGACACUGGACGUGAAUCGUGCUUGUGACGAAGAUGGCUAUGAGUACACACUGGAUCCAUCCAUGGCUGGCUAUGUGCCCGUGGAGAGGAACUAUCACCUGUGCCGUCGCCGGCGCUGGGUUCGCCGCCGUGUUCGCCAGCUCACUGACAAGCAGCGCAAGAAGAUGGCCAAGCUGCAGGACAAGAUGAAAGAAGGAUGGGAGUACUCGCGUCUGUUCAGCACUAAGUUUCAUGCUGUUGAGAAGAAGAUUGACAUGGCGCGUCGCCGUCGUUGGCACCGCAAGCUCACCGCACAAGAAGAUGCGUCUGCUCCUCUGUUCUACUUCCCCGAUGCUGAUGAUUCGGAUGUCAUUCAUCAAGUGACUCCCCGUAUGUUCAUGACAUUCAAAGAACCGCACAAGUAUCAGCUGCGCGUGUACUUGUACCAGGCACGCAAUGUGCGUAGCGCCGACUCAUCGGGACUGUCUGAUCCUUACGCCCGUGUUGGGUUUGGCCGUCAGUCAAGUCGCAGUAUCAUCCUGAAGAAAACCAUCAUGCCAACGUGGGAUCAGACUCUGAUCUUGGAUGACAUUGAGCUGUAUGGUGACCCGAAGAUUGUGGCUGCUGUCCCACCCGAUGUCACUAUCGAACUCUUUGAUGAAGAUAUUGUCGGCAAAGACGAGUUCCUGGGACGGUGCAUCAUCAAGCCAUACAUCCGCCUGCAGCCGAAUCACCCACCACCGCGCCUGACAUGGCACCCAAUCAAAUAUUUUGGCAAGGAUGCUGGAGAGCUUCUGGCUGCAUUCCAUUUGAUGUUGAAUGAAGGAGAUGAACUGCCGUUUGCACCAGAGCACAUGGCAGGACAUGAUGAACUUUAUCGCGUGCCAACUGGCAUUCGCCCCGUGAUGCAGCUGAUGAGAGUCGAGGCACUCUGUUGGGGAGUGCGAGACUUGAAGAGGUGUCAGCUGCUGUCUGUAGACAAGCCACACAUCACUAUCACUGUUGGUGGCAAGCAACUGAAGACUGACGCUAUCAGGAAGAUGAAGAAAUGUCCUAACUACGACAAGCCAUUGCUGGUGUUCGAGAAAGUGGAACUUCCCCGCGAAGAGCUCUACAUGCCACCACUCAACAUCCAGGUGUUUGAUGAACGCGCCUUUGGUCGCACACCUCUUGUCGGCACACACAGCGUGAUCAACAUGAAAGACUACAAGCGUGAUCGCUUCACGUAUGCCAUGCCACUGGAACAGAAACGACCAGAAACGCCAGCAGUUGCUCCAUCACCUGGUGCCGGCGCGCACGUGGUGGAAGUGCGUGAAUCGGUGGGUGCAUCUGUUGCUGCUGCUGCCAUAGCCGCACCACCUCAAUCUGCAGAACCACCCUCUGUGCCUACUUCUCCCACAUCAGGAAAGCCUGUGCCCUCCGUUGAUGACGAGCCCCUAGUUCAAUUGUCUCCAGGAGAUCCUGCUGCUUCGCCGCAGCCAGCUGCAACUGAAGAAAGUGCUCCAGUUACAGCCGCAGCACCAGAGCAGCAAGCUGCCAGCGCUAGCCCAAAGCAGGCUGCCGCAUCACCAACCACUGCUGGUGCUGCUGCUGAUGCUGCUGCACCGCCAACUCAGCCCCAACCAACGCCACCUGCCUCCACUACCAAGCGAGCUACCACCCCUGCUGCUCCGACCUCUUCAGGCGAAAAACCCAAGAGUGUUGCUGGAGAUGACAAACCCAAGAAAGAGGUUGAUGAGGAGGAGCGCAAAGCCAAAUUUGUGGACUGGUGGUCCAAGUACUAUGCAUCUACCAUCAUUCCAGAAGAAGACGAGGAGCCUGAUGAGCGCUCUUUGGACUACUUGGAGAAGUACACGGACAGAAUUGUUGUCUAUGAAGAGCCGAUUGAGAAGGCGUUUGGAGGCUUCAAUGAUUUCGUAGACACCUUCCCGAUCUUCCGUGGCAAGGGACAACGUGAUGAAGAUGAUGAGGAGAAUCAAGCCGUUGGAAAGUUCAAGGGUAUCUUCUGUAUCUACCCACUGCCAGAAGAUGAUGCUGAGCAGCCGUCGUUGGUCUUGCAGAAUAUUCCUCCCUCUGGUGCACAGCCAUGCAUCAUCAGAGUCUAUGUUGUCAAGGCCACUGACUUACAGCCACAGGAUCCGAAUGGAAAGAAUGACCCCUACCUUCGUAUCUACCUUGGAAAGGAGCGUCUUGUGAAUGACAAGGACAGCUACAUCCCCAACACGCUAGAUCCCAUCUUUGGAAAGAUGUUUGAGAUCAAGGCAACUUUGCCUGUGGAGCACCAGCUGCGUGUGCAGGUGAUGGACUGGGACUUGUUGACUGCUGACGAUAUGAUCGGUGAGACAACCAUUGAUCUGGAGGACCGCUACCUCACCAAGCAUCGUGCUACUUGUGGCCUCGCUAUGUCCUACUGCAUUGAUGGUACCAACAUUUGGCGAGACAACGCGAGGCCAUGCGAGAUCCUGGAGAGGGUAUGCGGUCGCCGAGGAUUGCCUGCUCCCACCUACGAGGGCGACAGCAAAUGCAGAGUUGCCAAUCAGCUGUAUGAACUUCUUCCUGAUGAUGAUCUUGUGGCUCCCGCUGAGGAACUCGGUGACAUGAAGGAGCGCGUUGCAUUGAAAGUGCUGCACAACUUUGACCUGGUUCCGGAGCAUCUUGAGCUGCGCCCGCUCUACAACCCACUGCGUCCCAACUUGGAAUGUGGUAAGCUCCAGAUGUGGGUGGACAUCUUCCCAGAAGACGCCGGUAUACCACCUGCUCCGACCAACAUUUGCCCGCGCAAGCCAGACGAGUUUGAGUUGCGUGUGAUCAUCUACAAUGUCGAGGAGGUACCACUGGAUGAAGCCGCUACUCUGACUGGUGAGAUGAUGAGCGACAUCUACCUGAAGGGAUGGCUACGUGACAGUGCUGACAAGAAACACAAGACAGACGUGCACUACCGAUCGCUGAAUGGCGAGGGUAACUUCAACUGGCGCUGGAUUAUGCCAUUUGAGUAUAUUCCAGCUGAGAAGGUCAUGGUCAUCAAGAAAAAGGCUCAUUUCUUCAGCUGGGACAAGACAGAAACUCGCCGUCCUGCUGUAUUGCAGCUGCAAGUGUGGGACAACGACUUCUUUUCAUUGGAUGACUACUUGGGUUCUGUGGAGUUCAAUCUCUGCAACAUGCCUCCACCAGCCAAGACCUCCAGAAAGUGCUGCCAGGAACAAUUUGGUGACCCAACAGUGGGCCGCAAGCCCAAGAAGGAGUAUGUCAGCCUCUUUGAGUCGAAGCGCUUGAAGGGAUGGUGGCCAAUCCGGGACAUUGGGCCUGACGGUGAAGUCAUUCACGCUGGCAAAGUUGAAAUGGAGGUUGAGAUUCUGACAAAGGAUGAUUCAGAGGCCAAGCCUGCAGGUGAAUCGCGUGACGAUCCCAACCAGAACCCGACGCUGGAUCCACCAAACCGCCCUGAAACUUCGUUCCUCUGGUUCACAAGCCCAUGGAAGACAUUCAAGUACAUCAUCUGGAAAAACUACAAGUGGUUGAUCAUUGGCCUUUUCCUCCUGAUUCUUCUCGUCCUGGCCGUAGGUCUCUUCCUGUAUGCCUCUCCAGGCUACGGUGUGCGCAAGAUCUUCGGCUUCCAGUAAGCUGCGCUUGGCGCAGGGAUCUGUAUGUUCAGGGCCACGUCCUUCACGCCUGUCGGCGUGUUUCUUCCACAUUUCGUCAUGCAUGUCGUGUCUGCACCCUGAAAACUGCUUACCUGAUAUUUCGUCUGGCAAUGACCCACGCGGGUUUCUUUUUUCUACUCUCUGUUGCGUUUCCUAAUUUCGUGAAGAAGCAACUACAUGGAACAGUGGCACUAGCCUUCAGAGUAUUGUCUUUUCAUGCCGCUCUUGCACUAGCAAGCAUUUUGGGCGAAGUGGCUACCAAUUCCCCUCUUUUUUUGCUGCAGUUCAACUGUAUGUUCGCUUGUGUAUGCUAGGUAUGAAAUGAUUUAAAAAAAUUGUAUCCUUGCUUCAUUCAAUACAUUAUUUUAGUUUCAGUCUUAGGUAGAAUUUAUGGCUUCUUUCAUUUGCUCUCUGACUUUGGCAUUUUGUAGUCUGGCUCUGGCUGAAUUGCUUUAUAACAGCAUUCUCUAGGAUUUCGAUAAUUAAAACGACUUUGUACUGUGCUGAUCUA